UCGAGCGAAAUGAGUUCAAGUGGUCAAUGUCGGGUCGUGUUUCAGGUGCAGUUCCGUUCAAGAUUGGUGAAUUUUCAACUCAGAUACAUCGCCAGUGAUGAUUAGUCUUAUGGCAAACUGUUUUACUUGGGUGAAGAGGAGAAGGGAACCUUCAAAGAAAGUUACCCUUCUUAUGGUGGGUUUAGAUAACGCGGGGAAAACGUCCACAGUUGCUGAUCUGACGGGAGAGUCCACAGAUGGAAUUACCCCAACAGUUGGUUUUUUGAACUCUUCGUUUUCACUGUAUAGAUUCAGUGUGACUGUAUUCGAUGUGGGUGGUGGAGCUAAGAUUCGCUCUAUUUGGAAAAAUUAUUAUGCUGAGUCUUAUGGAAUAGUAUUUGUGGUAGAUGCCAGUGAUGCAACUAGGCUAGAGGAAAGCAAGAAAGCUCUUUAUGAAACAGAGAUGCAACCCCGUGUGGCAGGAAAACCUUUACUCGUACUUGGAAAUAAACAAGACAAGGAGGGGGCUUUGAAUGAAAAUGAACUGCACACGCAGCUUGAAUUAGAUACACUUGUUGAAAAGUACAGUUGUCCUUGUAAAGUGUUUUGUUGUUCAGCAGUACUUGGCAAAGGAAAUAAGAUAGAUAGACAAAUUAAAAAAGGCUUCCGGUGGCUCCUCACUGAAAUUUCCAAUGAUCAUGUCAAUCUGUCAAGAAGAGUGGAGAAAGACAUGGCUGAACAGAAAAAGGCACAGGAUGAAGAAAGAGAGCGGAAAAGAGAAAGAGUCAGAUUAGCAAGGGAGGCAAGGGAGAAAGCUGAAAGAGAAGCUGCAGAAAGAGAGAAACAGCAGGUGGAGGAAUCAGAUGACGGUGUUGUUGUCAGCAAGGACAAAAGGAAGAAAGACAGAGAAACACCAGAACCACAAACCCCAUUCAAGAAAAAGAAAAAGGGGAGAGAAAAUAAUCCUGAGCCUGAUGCACCAGAGAAAGGAAAGAAAAGCAAGAAGAAAAAGAAAGAAAAACAGGAUGAAGACAGAGUGGAUGGACAAGAUACUAUAAAUGUGAAAGACCAAACCCUCAGUAACCCUAGUCCAGUUGAAAAGCACUUAAAUGAAGCUAGGUCCAAAACUCCUGAUGAAACAAUAAAGCAUUCACAACCAGGAGGAUGGAGUGAAAUGAGCAAAAGGUUGCCUGUACAUGAAAAUACAAUGCCAGAGGAUAGUGAAGUGAAAACAAAAAAGAAGAAAAAGAAAAAGAGAAAAUUAAAUAAAACAGCUCCAAUGGAAGGAGAAGAAACCGAGCUUCCUCCGCUCAAUGCGUGGGCAACUCCAUCGAGUACAUUAAAUGGCUUUCCAGGAAGUAGUGGAGUAUCUCUGAGAAGACUAGAGCCUUUAGGAUUACCUCAUGCAUCAGAAAACAAAGCUGUACCUUCAUUAUUGCUUCCGGAAGGGAAUGAGGAACCCAACAGUCUUCCUCCUAUUCGAGGAGCAUCUUGGACAAGAAACAGACCAAAUAGUGAAGAUUGUGAUGUGGUCACAUAGAAAAUUACAAUAGUCCAUUUUGCAGUUGUGUGCUUGGUUGCCAAGCCUUUGAAUGGGAGUGAGGCUAGGGUUGACCUUGUUAUGAUACAAACGUUGC